UAAGCAUUGGAAAACCUUCACAAGUGUUAUAACAUUUCAUCCAUCACUAUGGUAACAGUAAACUGUUAAGUUGUAUGACAAGGAAUCGGUUUUCAAGAACAGAUGUUGCAACAAGUGCACGAUGGUGGAGCACUGCAUUGGAUAGGUGGGAAGUUCUGUUGUGUUGUGGUGUCGUGGCACAGGCAUUAAGUUUUUUGGUGCGGCCUGAUUCCAACACUCAGACAGUGAAUGACCCUUGAGAGAGGCCUGCUCGAUGACGGCGUCGUGAAGUCCACAUGAUCAGGAGACCAUGAGUUUCCGCCAGGCCCUGAGAUCUCGCUUCAAGGGGGACGUUAAAGCUGAAGAGGAUGGGGGGACACUUGUACGGAAAGGGUCGGCCAAACGUCCCAAGACUCUUGCUGACCAUAAAGACGGGGAGGAGACGUUUGAAGUGCUACAUUCGGACAAUGAGGAGGACGACAUGUCCUUCCAGUCAGCCGGCUCACACAGCCCACAGGGGUCCGAGAUGUCCGACAUCGUGGCAGGGUUCAAGGAUGCCGACGAGCGGACAGUGUUUGAGCAACAGCUCAAUCAGCUUCAAGAACAGCUCGUGGCUGUCAUGAUAGAAAACCAGACACUACAAACGGAGCUUCAUGACUACCGCGAGAAGUCGUCUGUCGACAAACUACGCCAGGAGCUUGAAUACCAGAAACAUCGGAAUGAAAUGCUGGAGGAAAAAUGUUUCUCCUUGGACAAGAAACGGUCUCGGAAGGUUCAGCGCAGCAAGUCUGAUGCUGAGCGGCGGCGACUGACUGCGGAGGUGGAGCCUGGCGUCGAGAUUACCGAGGAGGACAACAUAGGUGAUUGGUGUCACGUCUAUGCGAGCGAGCCAAGUAUACCUCCCAAGAAGCGGAGCUGGUAUGACCGAAUGUGGGAGGCGGUGAUGAAAGUUGUCUACGAUGUCAUGGACGACUUCUCUGAAGUCCCCGACCAGGAACAGGACGAGGACCCCGACGGGGACCCGCUCACUGUCAAAAAAUUAAAGGACAAUAUCAAACGCUUUGGCACCGAGGCAAAGCCCUAUUUGUCAACGGCACGAGGCGUCUACGAUUUGCUCACCUGGAAAUCACCACCAUACACUCUCAUUGUCUUUAUUGUGUACAUGUACUCAGUGUGGGUGGGAUGCUUCCUCCCGGUCAUGCUGUUCUGUUUCACCUUCAGGAUGUUCAUCAACUACCUUAGAUACAGAGGAUGGAAUGUGAAUUUCAACUUCUUUGAUCCAGCUGAUGAGGAAAAGGAAGCUGAUGACAACAGAGACCUGGGUGUGUCUGACAAGUUCAAUCUGGUGCUGCAGGUGGCCCGGAAAGUACAGAACUUUCUUGGUGCUUUUGCCGACAGUCUGGAAAAAAUCAAAAGUAUGCUGACAUGGCGACACCCACCGGCAUCAAAGCAGUUGUUUUUUAUGAUGUUCCUCAGUGCCGUGGUGUCCUGUAUAUUCCCAGCUACCAACCUGUUUUACUGUGGAGGUUUACUGAUGGGCGUCAAGCUGUUCCUGGUGGACUUCAUGUAUCUGCGGUUCCCCCGGCUCCGCCAGAAGUACGACACCUCCCACCAGAUGUGGCUCAACCUGCCCACUGACGCCGAGUACGAGAAGCGCAACAUGAAGACCGAGCUUAACCGGUACAUUCUUCCGUCCAGUCGCCCGGACAGCGGGGACGAGAAGCGGGAGAGUGCUGGGGACAGUAUGUCCACUGAUGAUCGGUCCUUCUGUGAGCUGUUCACUCUUCCCCCCAGCGAGUGUCCCCUGCCAGGGUGGCAGGGUGGUCGGCGAUGUACGCUCAUCAACAGAGAGAAGUCACUCACCGCCGCCUUCAAGAACGGCAAACUGUAUCUCACCCGGAGUUUUCUGUGUUUUGAAAGAACAAAAACUCCUUCACCUAAAAAUAUUGUCAUCCCAUUAGCUGACAUUACAAGAAUGGAAAAGGCUAAGCCCUACUCCUGGCUACCUGGGGGAGGGAUGGCCAUCGAGAUUGCUAUUGCUGGCUCCGACAAGCCGCUGAUUCUAGGAGGUUUGCUGAAUCGAGAUGAAUUGUUCGACAGCAUGCAAGAUUAUGGUUUGUUCAAUGAGUUGCCAUGGGCUACAGGGCAGUUGCCAGAAACUACAACUACAAGAAAUAGUGGAAAGGUCAAACAGUUUCAAAAUUUCAGUAUUGGUGCAUCGUAUGACUAAAGUGCUCAACAAGGACUACACGAAGCCAGCCCAAGGAGACAGCUCAACUGACGAAUGGUGUGUUUACAGAGAUUAGUGAUAAGGGACAAAUCCUUUGAUAUUCUAGGGUAUGGAUUGGCAAGGGCGGAUCCAGCAUUUUCAAAAGGGAGGGGUCCAAUAACAAAACCCUCUCAGUGGUGUGGGUGUGGGGGGGAGGGAGUUGUCUACACUAUAUUUGGUUACCCUUCUGGGCCCCGUUCCUCAAAGCGAUCUUAGCGCUACGAUGAUCGUAAGCCUAUGUUAAAGUAUGGGACUUACGAUCACCUUAGCGCUAAGAUCGCUUUGAGGAACAGGGCCCUGGAUCUGCCAAUGCUAAUAAUUCUUUGUGACAGAAUUAUUAAGGUAGACAUCACUUUAGGCUUUUCUCCCACACUAUUUAACCCUCACUCAUUCACCAGCAUGUCCAGUGAGCAGUUUUAGGCUGUAAAAUGUUUUUCCUCCCUUUUUUAACAAAUGGUGUCUUAAGAAAAGGUACCAGCCCCCCAACCCUCAGACUGUCAAAUGACUGGUCCCUGAGACAAUAGCUGCGACAUCCUGCCCACAUCCAAGUGCGGCAGCUGUGCUAGCUUUGAUACUGUACAGUUUUUCAUGUCAAGUCCAUCAACGUUUCAUGUCAAGUCCAUCAAUGUUUCAUGUCAAGUCCAUCAACAUUUCAUGUCAAGUCCAUCAAUAUUUCAUGCCAAGUCCAUCAAUGUUGAACUUUCAUGUCACAUCCAUCAAGGCUGUAUGUCAAGUCCAUCAACGUGUAAAUAUAUGUACCUUCAUGCCCUUAUGAGUGAAUUUAUCGUUAGUGAUUGUCCUCAACAUGACAAAAAUAUUUUUUAUUGGCUGCUGACUGAGAGUCGUCCUCCAUUGAACUUCAUGAUGGUUGUGUAGGUGGGCAGAUACACUCACGGAAACAAGGGCAUAAGUACACAGAUCCCAAACAUUACCAUUUGGGCAGAAUCGUUACAAUAUUUUGAACCAAAUUCUGCCCAAACAUUUAAAUUAAACUAUUAGAAUCAUAUAAAUGCCUUGAUGUUGCUAUCUAUUCUAUUGCUAUGUGAUGUCAAAAAUGCCUGAAUGUUAUCAGAAUCUGAUGGCCACUUUAACUUGACAGCAGCAUGCAUUUCCUGAACGGCGGUUGCUAUCUAUUCUAUUGUUAUGUGACGUCAUUGGCAUAAUGUUUCUUGUUUGUGACGUCAGCCUAUAUAGUGCUCUAUGACGUUGCUGUUUGGAUAUCAGUAACCUCUGUUGUGAGGUUUUUAUACAGCCACUAAACCACUUUUGUGUUGUUUUGUUCAUUGUGGAUUAGCUACAUAUUCUAUCCAUUUUAAAGAAGGUAACAUUAAUUUUCAGGGCAUUAUCAUUUGCAGAAGCCCUUGAUCUGUUCAACUGCCCUCCUUCAUUGGGCAGAUAAAGUCAGACCUCAGCCUUCUGCAAAUAAACCUCUAGUGACCUCAUCCUAUUGUUCUCCAGUCGGGUUAAAUCUCAUGAACAGGGACGUUGUAAUGUCCCAGGGAUUUUAUUAAUACAACUUCCCUUUAGAUUGUAACAUAUUUCUCAUUAGAAAUUGAUUUUUUAUUUGAACACAAUGUAAUGAUAUGUAAAAUCAAAUGACAAAUGUUUUCUUUAUAUUGCCGAGGAUCGAACACGCAACCUCGUAUCUGUACUUGGGCUACAGAGGUGUUGAGGUGUUGAUAGAAUACAAUGCUUUUAAGAAUAUCUUUCUCAAGUUCUGUAUGCCAGCAACAGAUAUUUUACGCCUGUUUCGGGAGGUUCAUGGAAAGUAUGUUUGAAACAUAAAAAUGUUGAUAAAUGUUUUUUUAAGUUUGUUUUUUCGGUUUAUAAGUUACAUAAAACACUUCCCCUCAGGUUUUUAUCAUAUUUAAAACCCUUAUCCUUGGGAUAAAACCUUGGGACAGAUGCUCCUCAGUUUUAUCCUGCCCAUGCAGGUUUUAUAUAUCAUUAAAAAAACUCGGGCGUGCUUUAUCCUACACAUAAUGCCCUGAAAAAUAAUGUUACCCUUUUAAUAUUACACAUUUGUUUGAAGACUUCCCACCAUUAAGUUAGGGAAUAAUGUUAAAAGCGGUGUUAAACCCAACUCACUCACUCACCCACCAGAAGUUGGACUUGUCGUUGACUUCACAACAUGCAUCAUCACAUAAACAAUCAGUGGCAAGAAUGCUGUAUACCGGAACCUUUUGCCAUUUUGGUAAGGGAUGUGGUAGUUCGUUCCUAAGUAACGGUUUCUAUGUUUUUCAGACGCCAUUUUUGUCGCGUCGCUAAAACAACAGGGGGUGUCCCCCACUCAGCGGCUUGAAUUAAAUGCUUUUGUAAGUAAAUGAAAUCUUUGAUUACCAAAGUAAAUACAAAAUACUUUAUUGGUAGCAUCAAACAAAGAUGGCGGAUUGGUGUCCGGUAUAAUGCAUGUGUACCUAACCAAUUAAUAAUCAGUUGACUAAUACUUGUUAUGGCUUGUGAUGGGACGGGUUUGGGUUAUCAAAUGAAAUGCAAUUGCUUUAUAUACUACUCAACAUUUGACAGGGAUAAUUAGAUGUCAGCUGCAUUUAAACAUACAGUUUGUGCAUAAUGGAAAGAUGAAAAAUACCCCUAUCCAAAGUGGAGUAUGUUUGCCAACAUCAUAUAAUCAAUCAUACUGAUGGUGACUACUCCUCAUUCUGAGUUAUUAAUUCUAGCCCCCAAUCAUGACAGGUAGUGUUAAUUGCCUAAUUGAGUUGGCGUCUCUUUAUCAGAUCAUUAACCAUGGACUAGCCUUGCUGAAAGAAAGGUCCAUGGAUGUGUGGUAAUUCUAUCCUCCUAAUAGGCAAGUCUAUAUAUGUGGACAGUAAGGACUCCAGUCUCUUAUAGGGACAACUUGUUCUAUUUUCUACAUAAUCUAGAACUUAUGAUUUAAACUAAUAAUUAUUGAUUAGAGACUUGUGCAAGUCUAACCAUUGACCUCUGGUUUCUUUUCAGGAUUUAUAAUGUCAUUUUGCUCUUAAUCCAAGAAUAUUUUUACACUAAAAGGAAAUACAAUUUGUUAUAAUUAAAAGCAAUAAUAAUCAAAAGAUUGCCUGAAUUCUAUUUAUUUUUUAUUAAAUUAUUUUGAUGUUUGAUUCAGUCCAACUUUGUUUGAAUGAAAUCUCUUAUAUCUCAGGAUGGGAUUGCAUAGCUUUCAAAUGAGACUCAUGAACAGAAAUAUUUUUUCUAUCCCCAUAUUUUUAGAAAAGGUUCAUGACUCAUCGUAUCAGUGUGAUGUGCUAAAAGCUGCUGCUUGAUAAUCAAAGCCUUAUGACUGAUGUAUUCUACUUACAUCGCUGGUGCAUGAAUAAUAGGGCUGUCAACAUUCUUUAGAAGCUAUUUUUCUAAGAACAUCAAAUUCUGAUGCCAAGAAUAAAACAGAGUUUUAUGAAUUUUGUAAAAUGUUGAUGUCAUCAUAGAGUUUUUAUUUGUAUGAAUCGCUUUUUAUAGCAUUUUGAAAGAGCUGUUUUCACAGACUGAUAACAAUUUGCUGUGAAAUGUUUUAUGUCAAGCCUCCGGGGCUGUCUUUGAACUGAUUACGGUAAUAUGAUAUAUGUUAAUAUUGCCAGACAAGACACAUGCACUUGUAUAUAUGCACUACGGGAGAAAGCCAGAUUAGUUUCAGCCUGGUUGAAUACUUCCAUGUCUUGUCAGAAACAUUUAUGGCUCAACCCUCAGAUAUGAGGUAUUGAAAGAAAAUGUCAAAAGUACUAUUUUUUUGUUGAUAAAUACUAACUAAAACAUUCACCACAAAACAUGCAUAUCUAAUAUCUGCAUGACCAACAAUGUGUGUCACUUCAUCAUUAACAUUUUGUUGGGGAACUAUUUAUUUAAAAAGUGACUAUUUUUGCUUUUAUGGAGGUAUAAAUGUAAAAAUAUAGUGUCACUCUGUUUAUUUGUGUAGCAUGAACAAGGGUUUUUAUGUUAUUUGUUUGUUUGUUUGUUGUUGAAGAGCGCACUCAGCAAUAUUCCAGCUACAUGACAGCGGUCUGUAAGUAAUCGAGUAUGGACCAGACAAUCCAGUGAUUGACAUCAUGAGCA